ACAAACCGCCUGUUUUUUUUUAUAUAUUUUCUUAUUAUGCGAGUUACAAAAAAAUUAAAAUAUUUUAUUGAAAAAGAAGGUAAUCAGAAACGAAAUGUCUGAAAAGAAAGUGUCUGUAAGCGAUAGAAUAAAUAAAUUAAACAACUUUCGUUCCAAUACACGAACUUCGGGGCCGUUACAGAAACGUUUACAUGAUUCCAAUGGAAUUUUUUUAAAUAAAAAGAUAGGAAGUAGUGAAAGUGAUUUAAACACAGCUUUUUUAAUUAAUUCACCAUUAUCGAAGCAAACACCUCCAAUAUCGAAAUUCAAAUCUAAGUCUUCUACUGCAAUAAACGCCUGUUACACGCCGUCUUCGCUGUACCGAUUAGCUAAUACGACACCUACAACAUUGCGAACCCCACGUAAGUUUAUCGGCACGCCAAAAAGGCAAAUUUCUAGUUCAAAGAAAAGCGAGGAAAAUGAUAUUGAUAAAACACCAGAAUGUUUCUCAAAAGUUAAAAUUUAUUCAGCACGAAAAUUUGCAAAUUUAUCAGACGAAGAGAAUAAAGCCUCAAAUAAGGAAAGUGAAAUAAGUAAUUUAAAAGUUGCUGUAAGAGUUCGUCCUUUAAAUACACAAGAAUGCCUAAAUCGUUCAGUUUCAAAUAUUGUAACAGUAAAAGAUGAGGAAAUUAUAAUUCAUGGGAAUCUUUCAAGUGAUAGUGCUUUUGGAACAAAACAUAGUUUCUUUUAUGAUAAAAUAUUUUGGUCAUGUAACGCUGAUGAUCCAAAUUAUGCAGAUCAAAGUUGUGUAUUUAAUGGAACUGGUCUUCCUUUGAUAGAAACAGUUUUCCAGGGAUAUAAUGCUUGUCUUUUCGCUUAUGGACAGACAGGUUCUGGUAAAAGUUAUAGUAUGAUGGGGAUUGAAAAUGAUGAAGGCGAAGAUACUAAUGCUAGUGUUGAUGUUGGAAUAAUUCCACGAUUUUGUAAGGAAGUAUUUAACCACAUUAAUCGCGAAAAAAAUAAAUUGCGAGCUGAAGUUGAGAUAAGUUAUUUUGAGAUAUAUAAUGAAAAAAUUCAUGACUUGCUCAGUGUUGCUUCGAUAUCCAAUAAAACGGUCGAUUGUGGCACAGGCAACUAUGUUCAAAAAAAUGCGCUUAAAGUUAGGGAACAUCCUAUCUGGGGUCCUUACGUUGUCGAUUUAAGUUCACAUCCAGUUGAUAACUACACUGCUCUUCGAAACUGGUUAGCUCUUGGAAAUAGUCAAAGAGCUACUGCAGCUACUGGAAUGAAUGAUAAAAGUUCUAGAUCGCAUUCAAUUUUCAAUAUAAUUCUAAAUUUAUCUGAAAUCGAAACUACCAAUGAAAAAAACAAAAUAAAGCAAACAAAAAGAAGUAAAAUCAGUUUUGUUGAUUUGGCUGGAUCGGAAAGAAUCAGUAAUACAUCAGCUAAUGGUGACAGAAUAAGAGAAGGUGUAAGUAUAAACAAAAGUCUUUUAACUUUAGGAAAAGUUAUAGCUGCUCUGGCGGAGUCUAAAAAGGGGUUAAACUUCGUUCCUUAUCGAGAAUCAAUUUUAACAUGGCUUUUGAGAGAAAAUCUUGGUGGGAAUUCCAAAACAGUUAUGUUAGCAACCAUUUCUCCGGCUAACAUACAUUUAGAGGAAACAUUAGCAACUCUUAGAUAUGCCUGUCAAGCUCGUUCAAUUGUAAAUCGUGUGAAAAUUAAUGAAGAUCCACAUGAUAAAGAAAUUCGCGAAUUACGAGCAGAAAUUGAACGCCUUCAAACCUUACGACAAGAAUAUGAAAGGCAAAAAAAACUUUCGUCAAACGAAAAUUUACCUCCUCGAAAAAUUAUAAUAGAAACAUCUGUGGACGAUUCUGAAAUAGAAAUGUUACGACAACAAUUAUCAGAAACAGAAAAACAAUUAGCAAAAGCUGAAAAAUCAUGGAUGGAAAGACUAAAAGAGGCCGAAGAUCUUCGAAAGUCUGAAGUUAGAAUACUAAAAAGAAAAGGUUUAGCAAUUGAGUUAUCAAGAGAAAACAAGGAAGCUUGUUUAAUUAAUUUGGCAGCUGAUCCAAUAUUAUCAGGCACCUUAUUUUAUAUUUUGCCACCUGGAAAGGUUCUUAUAGGACGUUCGGCACCUUCAGCCUUCACACAGCCUGAUAUAGUAUUAGACGGUCCUCUGGUAGCUUUUGAGCAUUGUUCAAUUAGAAAUGAAGAAGGUAAUCUAUAUGUUAUACCAGAAAAUCCUGAUUUUGAAACUUAUUUAAAUGGAGAAUUGGUUCAAUAUAUAAAGCAAAUGUAUCAUGGAGAUAGAUUAAGUAUCGGUGGAUCUCAUUACUUUCGUAUAUCUAACCCAUUUUGUGUAAAUAGGAAUGAAAAUGUUACCGUUGAUUAUCAAUUAGCUUAUCAAGAGGUUUUGCAAAAGCAGGAAGAGAAAUUACGCAAAGAAAUUGAAAAAGAGAAAAAAGCUGCACUGGAUCAAAUUGAAAUGGAACGUUUAAUAAAUGAAAAAGCACUGAAAGAGCAAGUGGAAAAAAUUGAGCUGGAGAAGGUAAAACUGAUAUGUACUAAAGAACUCCUAGAAAGUGAAAAAAAAGCUUUUGAGCAAGAACAGUGUGAUAAAAAAUAUGAGUAUACUCCUUUUAAAUCAACUAUCUUAGAUGAAAUUAGAAAAAUAAUGGAACGACCAACUGCAGAUAGUUUGCAUGAAAUUCAAUUAAAAGUAAAGGAAGCUACAAGACGUUGUCGAGAUAUAGGCUUGAGAUAUGAUUUUAGACAGUUUCAAGUUUUAGAUGAAUUCGGAAUAUUUCGCGCUGUAAUUUCAAUAAUUGAUAAAGACAAUUUAAGAAAAGCUGAAUGGCCCACAGCAAGACUUGAUGUUUGGCUAGAUAUCAUGCGCCAGGAUGCAAGUCCUGAAGCUGAUAAUGUAUUUAAGCAUGUUGAUAUUGAAUGGAUCCCAUUAGAUGAAAAUUUUGAUGAAAAAUAUAAUGACUCAAUAAAUUCCAGUAAAAUUUCAUUAAAUUUAAGUGCGGUCAAGGAGGCUUUGUUUAAAGAGUCAAGUAAUAAAAAGAUAUCGAAAAUGUUAUUAAAAGAACAUAAUAAAGAAAAUUUAAUUAAUUUGGAGAACAUAAAUGAUUCAUUUUCUUCAAAUAAAAAUGUUCGGAAAACUUUGACUUAUGAUAAUGACGACACUGAAAGAUCAUUAAAAUCGACUUGUAUUGAUAUAGAACAAAAAUUUAGUUCAAAUGCUUAUAUGUAUUUAUCAGAUAUGCAAAGAUCAACUUUAAAAUUAAAAAAAUUAUGUGAACGAGCAGAAUCUAAAGAUAAUUAUGAUAAAAAGAAACAAACUUUUGACCAUUUUAAACGAUCUAUUGAUAAAAUAGAAAACAUAAUAUAUGAUCUAAAAGCAACUCUUACUGAACAAAAACUAUCUAUCUCACCAACAAAGACUCCAAAAUCCGUUCGAUUUUUGUUAGACUAAAUUAAGAUGAAUUAUGUAUACAUAUAUGUAUGUAUAUUUAUACAUGAAAUGAUUCGAUGGUUCCGUUUUCGGGAGCAGUCAAAGUUUGUUGAAUAAUGUCAUAAGAGUAUUAAAAAAAUGCAUGUUAUAAAAACCAAUGAUUGACGAAAUUUUCAAUCUGUUAUUACUUUAUCAGUAAAAAUUCAAAUGUAAGUAGCAAGUUCACAGGUAAUAAAUUCAGCGUAAGGAAGUUCAUAUCUUGACUCCCAACAGCAAUAUGUAUGAAUGUUCUAAUAUAAUACAGACUCUUCACAAAACUAAAAAAAAAACUUCCUUAUAAUUUUUUUGUUAAUUUUUUUUUAUUUUUAAACAUCAACAGUCACUGUAAUACAAUGUUUCAUCAUUUUUUUUUCGUUUUGUUUAAUUUGGAUUUUUUUUCAUAUUACUGGUCUUUUCUUAACAUUUAUCUCAAAGUAAAUUUUAUAUAAUAUGUAUUUGUUAAGAUUGUACUAAUAAAUAAGUUUUUACAAAUUAAAUCAGAAAAAUAUAUACAUGAGUUAAAAUAAACUAAUACAAAUACAUUUCUUUUUUUUAUACAUAUUAUAUUUUAUGAGAAUUGUUUGUUUUAUCUAACUUAAAAUCAUAGAUAAUUCGUUAUACAUAAGUGUCCUAUGAUAAUUACUAUUAUUAAAUGUAACAAUAAAAAUGUAAAAGGAAAUAAUUAUUAAAAAAUAAACGAUUUUAUAAUAGUUAAAGUAAGUUUCGA